AUGGCCCACCAGGACUUCUCUCAUCUGCAGGAUGUCAUGGGCAGCCUACCCAUGCUCAAGCGGUACAUAGUCAUAUGCCUGGCCUUCACCUUGGACGAAGCCAAUUCAUCGAGAUCUCAAGUCAAAUGUUGUCUGCAACAAGCUCUAGACAGGUUUGCGAAGACAUUCCCCUUUCUUGCGGGCCAGGUGGUUAUGGAGGGACGAGGGGAGGCCCGCUCUGGACUGCCGAAAGUUAUUCCUCUUCACGACCACAUCCAACUGUACGUAAAGGACUUGAGAGAGGAAGCCGGAUUCCCAAGCAUGCAGCAAAUGCGCGAAGCUCAAUAUCCAUUUUCGAUGCUGGAUUGCGGGGUUCUUGCCCCCUCGAUUGCGUCCCGCUGGUCCUCGGAGGGAUUCGAGCGGGUCGCCCCUGUCCUUCUGCUGCAAGCGAACUUCAUCAGAGGCGGACUUUUACUGACCUUCGCUGGGAACCACAUGAUGAUGGACAUGACAGGCUUAGGGUUGACGAUCUCGCUGUUCUCCAAAGCUUGCCGCGCGGAACCGUUCACGCACGAGGAGAUCCAGCAGGGCAACCAGCCGCGAGGAAAUGCCGUCCCAUUGCUCGGAGACAAGUACCAGCCGGGACCCGAACUCGAAGAUUCCUUUGUGAAACCGCGCGCGAUCGAGGAGAAGAAUAACCCCUCCUCGCCAUCGGAUCACGCAACUACCUUACAACAUCCACCAUCUCCCCCCAGAUGGGUAUAUUUCAACUUCACGGCUGCGAGGCUCGCCAAGCUCAAGCAGCAAGCCAGCCAGCAGACAGUGGCACCGUACGUAUCUACCGACGACGCCGUGGGCGCCCUAUGCUGGCAGAGCGUUUCGAGGGCCCGUGUUGCCCGACUCGGCACUGCCGUCCGAACUGUGUUCGCGCGACCGAUAAGCGCGCGGAAAUACCUAGGUCUGCAAGGCUACUACCUGGGCCACAUGGUGGAUAUGGUUUACGAGGAUGAAGAGGACGUGUGGAGCCAUCCGCUUGGCGAAAUCGCCGGCCGACUGCGCCGACUCCUGCUCCAGGACGAUAUGAUCGCACACCACACGCGCGCGUUCGCAACCAUGCUCUAUCGACUCGCGGAUAAGACCCAGCUGGUCAACGGCGCGAGACUUGAUCUGGACCGCGACAUCGUCUUUUCGUCGUACGCGAAUAUCCGCUGCUGUGAGCUUGAAUUCGGCCCGACGCUCGGCGUGCCUAAUGCCGCGAGGCGGCCGAGGAUGGAGGCUUGGCCUUCCCUACUGUAUAUGAUGCCGAAGUCGACAGCGGGGGAUAUCGCCGUGGCGUUCUGUGUGAGCGAAGAUGAUCUCGCGAUGCUGCGCCAGGAUGAGACUUUCAUGUCUUACGCCGACUAUAUUGGCUAA